AAUGUUAGUUUUAUGUUGAAUUUAUUGUUUAGUUUCAUUUGUGGUAAUUUUGUUAAGAUUCCGGAAAAUACGGUUAUCUGGUUUCCGGUUUUAGUAUAGACAAAUAUUAUGGGAUAGCGUUAUCCAAGCGCAGCACAUGUUUUGAGUAUGAGAAGAUUCGUUCGGACUAUCGUAGGAUACGAUACGUCAAUCUAUCUACGUAGAACUAUCACUGAGUCAAUACACCUGUACUAUACUUGUAUGUAGUUGAUGUCAAAGAUAAUAAACACAGAUGAAGCCAGGAAGAUGGAAUUGACCUCAUUUAUUUACGAUAGCCAGAGCGAUUUCGAGGCGUACUCGACGCCUACAUUCAUUGACGUAUCAUCCCAGAUGUAAGAGGUAUGAUCUUCAAGCUUUUAAGUGAUACAGAUCUGGAACAAGAUGGCUACUAGAGACAGAGAAGCUGUAGAAGGUUACAUGUAUGACUUAAAUUCAGAUUCUGGACGGGCCAGAAAAUUUAGUGAGAAAGGCAUGCAGUACAAUAUGGAACAGCUUGACAAAAAAUACAAGUCUCUAUGUAGGUCAGAAAGAUAUUUAAAAGAAAUAGCCACUGAAGAUGACGAACCUUUGGAUAUUGUGCGUAAAAAAUACAGGAUGUGGAUGAGUGAGUUCGAAAAAUAUUUGGAACUGUAUGACAUUUUGCUGCCCCAAGUCUCUUCCCAUGAGCAUGAUGAGUUUGCUCAAAGGUUCAAUGAGAAUUAUGGUUCUGCGAAAGAAUUCAAAAGUUGGAUUGAGAACUACAUUUCCUCGCGGAGUGCUAUGACAUUGAGUAAGAACACUUUAUCUGUAGCCGAAGAGUUGAGUGUGGCUGGCGAGAAAAUAGACCAAGGCAUUAUAAAGAAAACUGAUCCAGAAGCCGAGGAUAAUGUAUCCGUUUCCAGUACUGCCAGUUCAUACGCGUCUCUGAAACGUAUCAAAGAAGAACAGGUUAGGGUAGAAUUAGAGACAAGGAAACUAGCGUUAUCAAAGAAACAUGAAAUUGAGUUAGCUAAGUUGUCGCUAAAGCUCAAAGAGGAAGAGCUGGAACUUGAUACCGGUAUAGCUGUCGCUCAAGCGAGAAGCGGAGUACUCGACAAGUACGACUCAAAUGAAAAUCUUAAUGCUUCAGUUGACCAGGCUCUUGCGUUCGAGCAACCGCGAUUUACCUCCCCUAAGCCGCGACCAUUGCCUGUACGAUUUACAGAUGAAAGUGUUUGUGCAAGUCCCCCUCCAGUCCUAUAUGAUAGACCUAGACCGCAUACGACUGGUGUAGCAGAAGUGUCAUCGAGAACACUACCUGAACAAUAUGUUGAUUCGUCCCAUUCACAAACCGUAGUUCAGUCGGUAGUUCAACAUUUAAGAAAACCUGUGGCAGAGGUAAAGAAGUUUAGUGGAGAUCCUCUAGAAUAUCGCAGAUUUAUUCGUCAAUUUCACUCGAAAGUUGUAAUCAACACUGAUGAUGACGAUGAAAGGAUGAACUACCUUGAACAACUUACAUUCGGAGAUGCACAUAAAGUGGUGUCAGGAUUCAGCCAUCUUAACGGCGACAAGGCUUAUAAGGCAGCCAUGAGUCAGCUGGAGGAUCGCUAUGGCGAUGAGGAAGUUAUAGCGACAGCUUUCAUCAAGAAAGCAUUAGACUGGCCCACCAUUCGUCCUGGAGACCCGAAGGCACUCGAUGACUUCUCUUUGUUUCUUGUAGAGUGUGAUAAUGCAGUUGGCACAGAAUCAAAUGGCGUUCUUGACUACUCGGACAAUAUUAAGAAAUUAAUGCUCAAACUACCCUUCUAUCUGCAUGAUAAAUGGAGGAACCAAGUAUAUAAGUACAAGGAAGCAAAGAGGAAGGUUCGGUUCAAGGACUUAGUGAAGUUUGUGAAGACAGAGGCUAAGAAAAUCAACGACCCUACGUAUGGAAGUAUUGCCACUGGGACUUCAAGACCAAAGACUCCGCAAAAGAUUGCACGUUCCAGCAAUGCAGUUCCAGAGAUUGUUACAGAUUCUAUACCUAAGAGCACCAGUGACACCGUACCUCCUCCAGCCCCGAAUUAUAAGUGUUUCUUCUGUGACUCUACUUCCCAUUCUCUGGAUACUUGCAAAAAGAUAACUGCCAAACCUAUGAACGAAAGAGUCAACUUCAUUAAAGAAAAGGGAUUAUGCUUUGGCUGUCUCAAGAAAGGCCACUUGUCGAAGAGAUGCCGUAAUCGUUCCAAGUGCGGCAUAUGCAAAAAAAGUCAUCCAUCUAUCUUACACAACGAAGAAAGCUCGUCAGUUGUUAGUGUAUCGAAUGCCAGUACUGGUUAUGCUAUCGCAAAAGAAGAUCAAAAGGGGGAUGUGUCUUGUGCCAUGGCGAUAGUCCCAGUUAGAAUUCGCUUGCGUGAUAAACCUCAUAGUAUAGAGACAUACGCAUUCUUGGAUACAGGUAGUAGCGCUUCGUUUUGCACCGAGACAGUUAUGAAACAGCUUGGAGCUAGAGGUAAGAAGACACAGCUUACACUGAGUACAAUGGGUGAGCCAUUUAUCAUGAACACAUUUUCCAUCAGUGGACUGCAAGUAAGUGACAUUGACUCGGAAAAUGCUAUUGAUCUUCCGCGAGUGUUCACGAAGGAGAAAAUGCCCGUGUCUAAGAAGCACAUCCCAACACAAGCAGAGGUGUCAAGGUGGGAACACUUAGCAAAGGUUUCACUAGCUGAGCCUAACUGUGAGAUAGGUUUGAUGAUUGGCAGCAACGUACCAGAUGCCUACUCGCCUAUUGAGAUACUUGCAGGCCCUAGUGGAUCACCACAUGCUACAAGAACUAAGCUUGGAUGGGUGGUCUGGAAUGUUCUUCGAGAAAGCUGUACUAUACAAGUCAACAGAGUUCACAUUCAGGAUGAGUCUGGAGAAGACAUCGAAGACAUGGUUAAGAGAUCUAUGAACCUCGAUUUCCCUGAGCGUCUUAUUGACGAUAGAAAAGAAAACUCGAGGGAGGACAAACAAUUUUUGGAUAUGGCUGAAAACUCUAUUUAUAAGGAUGGGGAACAUUACUGCGUUUCGUUGCCAUUUCGUAACAAAGUCACUAUUUUGCCUGAUAACUCGGUAAUGGCUAAACGGAGAUUACGCAGCAUUGAGAACAGGUUCAAGGCAGAUCCCAAGUUCAAAGAAGAUUACACUGCCUUCAUGGAAAAACUGUUGGAGAAAGGUCAUGCAGAACCAGCACCUGUGGGAUUUGACAAAGGAAAGGUCUGGUACAUUCCUCAUCAUGGUGUAUACCACAAGAAAAAGAACAAGAUUCGAGUGGUGUUUGAUUGCUCUGCGCGAUAUCAAGGUGUCUCCCUUAACGACAACUUACUCCAGGGACCUGACCUUACAAACAAUCUUCUUGGUGUGUUGAUGCGAUUCCGGGAGGAACCAGUGGCUGUCAUUGGAGACAUUGAAGCGAUGUUCUAUCAGGUGAAAGUCCCAGUAAAUGAAAGAGACUAUCUGCGAUUUUACUGGUGGCCCAACGGGAAUACUGCGAAUGAGCCAAGGAGCUACAGGAUGACGGUUCACCUGUUUGGAGCCUCAUCAUCUCCCAGUGUUUGCAACUUUGCUCUUCAGAAAACUGCAGAGGACAGUCAAAAACGGUUUCCCCAAGAAUUUCAGGACACACUGAAAAGAAAUAUGUAUGUCGAUGACUGUCUGACCUCCGUUGCUACAGAGAAGAAGGCGAUUAGUCUUAUACAUGAUGUGACUCAAAUGUGUAAAUCCGGAGGAUUCCGACUUACCAAAUGGACGAGUAACAGUGAUGUGGUUGUGGAAUCUAUUCCAGAGGGUGAUCGUGCCCAAGAAGUCAAGUUGUGGAGUCUGGAUAGUAAGCCACCUAUCGAAAGAGCUCUCGGAGUUUAUUGGUUCAUGGAGAAUGACUCCCUUGGAUUCCAAAUUCAGAUGAAAGACAAGCCCGUUACUAGAAGAGGUAUUCUAUCAGUAACCAGCUCAGUGUACGAUCCUUUAGGAAUUGCAUCCCCGUUUGUUCUUAAGGCCAAGUCAAUUCUGCAAAGACUUUGUAGGGAUGGUAAGGGAUGGGAUGAGGAGAUCACAGGAAAAGAUCUGAAGGACUGGACCGAUUGGCUGCUUCAGCUACCUGAACUAGAGCAUGUUACCAUUGAUCGGUGUUACAAAGGGAAAAACCUCGGCAAGGUAACCUCCUGUCAACUUCAUGGUUUCGCAGAUGCAAGUGACAUUGGAUAUGGAAUGGUAUUCUAUCUUCGACUCGUUGAUGUCACUGGAAAGAUCCACUGCUCGUUCUUGUUCGGGAAGGCGAGAGUCGCACCACUGAAGGCAGUGACUAUACCCCGGAUGGAACUUACAGCUGCCUCUUCUCUAGUGAAGUUGGUCAGGAUGGUGACAGAACAGCUGAAUUACAACAUAGAUCGAUUCUUCUUUUGGACUGACAGCACUUCAGUCUUAAGGUAUAUCGCAAACAAGAAUUUGCGCUUCCACACGUUCGUAGCUAACCGCAUUGCUCUUAUCCACGAAGCUACGUCGGAAGAUGACUGGUAUUACAUCAACACUAAGGAGAAUCCAGCUGAUGUUGCAUCAAGAGGAACGAGCAUUUCGAAGUUGCCUGACUCGUGGACUCGUGGACCAAUGUUCCUCUGGAAAUCCGAACGUGAAUGGCCCGUUGUGGAAAAGGAUGUUAAGAUCACGGAUAAAGAGAAUGAUCCUGAAAUAAGGACGACUGCGUGCGCUACAUCAGUUGUUUUAGACACAAACAGUGGUGUCGAAAAUCUUUUCGACUAUUACUCCAACUUUAAUAAGCUUAGGAGAGCUACUGGAUGGCUUAUGAGAGCUAUGGACAACCUGCAGGGAGCUGUUGAGAGGAGCCGGCAGAUAAAACAGGACAUCAGCAGUUCAGAAUCUGAUCCUGUGAAACGCGACCAGAAAAUAAAGUUAACAUUGUCGAAAGAGAGACAGGAUAGACUUCUCAAAGGAAAGAAAAACCUUCGUACAGCGUGCCUGUCUGUGGAUAUUCUGGAACGAGCUGAAGCCGCGUUGAUUAAGUAUGAGCAACGAAAGUACUUCGCAGCCGAAAGCAAGGUCCUUCACCAGGGCAAUGGUGUUCAGUCGCGAAAACUCAAGAAGACUUCGAAAUUAUUCAAGAUGGACCCCUUUGUUAAAGAUGGUGUCAUUCGCGUAGGAGGUCGUCUUGAAAGAGCUGAAAUUUCGUAUGAUGCAAAACACCCCGUGGUGUUGCCUAGAGAAUCUGUCGUAUCGAGACUCGUUGUGGAUAAUGCCCACAGAUCAUGUGGUCACUUAGGAAAGAACACUGUUCUUGCAUUCAUUCGAGAAAAAUAUUGGAUUGUUGGUGCUCGCACUCUGGUGAAAUCUAUUCUUUCCAAAUGUGUGACUUGUAGGAAAUACAGAGCUCCAUGUGUUGAGCAAAAGAUGGCAAACUUACCCGCAGAGCGACUCGCAGCUGAUCAGCCUCCUUUCAGCAGAACUGGGAUGGAUUUCUUCGGACCCUUUGAACUGAAACGUGGAAGGAGUGUGGUAAAGCGAUAUGGGGUAUUGUUUACCUGUCUUGUGACUCGUGCGGUCCAUUUAGAAGUUGCUGCGUCGCUCGAUACAGAUUCUUGCAUCAACUCCAUUCGACGAUUUAUCGCUCGCAGAGGAAAACCUGUAUUUAUUAGAUCGGAUAACGGAACCAACCUUGUCGGUGCUCAACGAGAAAUGAAGGAAAAUAUUCAGAAAUGGAACACAGACAAAAUUCGUGAUAACAUGUUGCAGAGUAGCAUUCAGUGGGAAUUCAAUCCUCCCUCCGGUUCUCACUUCGGCGGAGUCUGGGAAAGACUCAUUAGGUCUGUGAGACAGGUGUUGUACUCUGUUAUGCAUGAGCAGAAUGCGAAACUGGAUGACGAAGGACUUCAGACACUCUUUUGUGAGGUAGAGGCUAUCUUAAAUGGACGCCCGUUAACUGAAGCAUCGGAUAACGUAACUGACCUACGGGUUUUGACCCCAAACCAUCUGCUAUUGCUUCAGCCUGGAGAGUAUUUCCCACCUGGAACAUUCGUCGCCACGGAUAACUAUGCCAGAAGGAGGUGGAGACAGAUACAGUACCUUUCAGAUAUUUUCUGGAAUAGGUGGACCAAGGAAUACUUGCCGCUUCUGCAAGGCCGCCAGAAAUGGAUGAAGAAACGACGCAAUAUGCAGACUGGAGAUCUUGUGCUGAUCGCUGAUAGUGCACCUAGGCAUGCGUGGAUAACCGGUAGGAUUCAGGAAGUUGUGAAAGACAAACAUGACAUUGUGCGAUUCGUGAAGGUUAAGACCCCUUCCAAUGUGUUAACGCGUCCAGUGACCAAACUCGUGCUCUUGCUCGAGUCAGACAUUGAGUAAUGGAUAUGGUGAACGCUUGAGUGAAAGGACAAUUCGAACUAAAAUAUCAGAUGUACUUUUGUAAUUGUAAUUAUUGUAUGAUUAAGCAUAAUGAUUUAAUUGAUGUGUUUGAUGGUUAUUAGGCCGUUUUUGCGAAUUGAUAAUCUCGGUUGAAGCCUCGAUUAAGGGGCCGGUAUGUUACGGCCUAAAUGUUAGUUUUAUGUUGAAUUUAUUGUUUAGUUUCAUUUGUGGUAAUUUUGUUAAGAUUCCGGAAAAUACGGUUAUCUGGUUUCCGGUUUUAGUAUAGACGAAUAUUAUGGGAUAGCGUUAUCCAAGCGCAGCACAUGUUUUGAGUAUGAGAAGAUUCGUUCGGACUAUCGUAGGAUACGAUACGGUAACUAAUUACUGUUGAAUGAUUUGAAUAUGAUUUAUGCUUGUUUAGGAAUCCAUGUCAUCAUGUUAUAAUGUCAUUUUGGAUAAUUCGGCCAAUAUAUAAAUAUGUCAGUGAACCGUGGACAGACGACAAGUCCCUCGUGCAUUCUAGUCUAUCACUUGAUUUCUGCUGUAUUUGUAUGCUAUGAUAUGAUUGAUACAUUGCUGUUUCAUUGCUGUUUAACUCGCUUAAAUGUGUAAGAGUAAUAGUAUCGUAAUAGUAUUGUAUUUUGCUAUUUUUAUCAGGUUCGGUUAAAUUCAUUCUGGGCCGAAACGUCCUAGUCUUGUCAAGUCAUGUGUAUUGUAUACUGAAUAGUAGAGGGCGAGUUGUCUCGAUCUCAUCUAUAGAUCAAACUCGUCAUGUGUUAUAGAUGAUAAGGCAUAAUAGUAACUGUUGCUUAGUUAAUUAGUCUAAUAAGUACUGUUUCUUUUCGUUACAGUCAAUCUAUCUACGUAGAACUAUCACUGAGUCAAUACACCUGUACUAUACUUGUAUGUAGUUGAUGUCAAAGAUAAUAAACACAGAUGAAGCCAG